AAAGGGUGGGGCUGGGAUUUUUCUUGUUUUGUUUUUGUAUUUAAGGGUGGAACCACAUCACCAGAAGGAGGCUCCUUCUGCCCAAGAUGACAGAGGAACUACACAGAAACUCUUUGUUCCAAAGUAAGGGACAGUGCUUGGGUACAUAUAACGGCACAGGAAAACCAGAUACUGAGUCUUCUGGGUACACUGGAGAACAUGGCCAAACGAGUUGCCAUCGUGGGAGCUGGGGUCUGCGGCCUGGCCUCCAUCAAGUGCUGUCUGGAAGAAGGACUGCAGCCCACCUGCUUUGAGAGGAGCGAUGACGUUGGGGGGCUGUGGAGAUUCACCGAAUAUGUUGAAGAAGGAAGAGCCAGUCUCUACAAGUCUGUAGUGUCCAACAGCAGCAAAGAGAUGUCUUGUUACUCAGAUUUUCCAUUCCCAGAAGAUUAUCCAAACUUUAUACCCAAUGAUCUAUUCAUAGAGUAUCUCAAACUGUAUGCAAAGCAGUUCAACCUUCUGAAAUGUAUUCAAUUCAAGACCAAAGUCUGCAGUGUAACAAAGUGCCCAGACUUUGAUGUCACUGGCCAAUGGGAAGUGGUCACUCUGCAUGAAGGGAAGCAAAACUCAGCCAUCUUUGAUGCGGUCAUGGUUUGCACGGGUUUUCUCACUGACCCUUAUUUGCCACUGAGUUCCUUCCCAGGCAUAAAUACUUUUAAAGGCCAGUACUUUCAUAGCCGAGAGUACAAACAUCCAGACGUAUUUAAGGACAAGAGAGUGCUUGUGGUUGGAAUGGGAAAUUCGGGCACAGAUAUUGCUGUGGAGGCCAGCCACCUGGCCAAAAAGGUGUUCCUCAGCACCACUGGAGGUGCGUGGGUGAUCAGCCGUGUCUUUGAUUCAGGGUACCCAUGGGACAUGGUGUUCAUGACACGAUUUCAAAAUGCAUUCAGAAAUUUUCUCCCAACUCCAAUUGUGACUCGGUUGAUAGCAAAAAAGAUGAACAGCUGGUUCAAUCAUGCAAAUUAUGGCCUAAUACCUGAAAACAAGACUCAACUGAGAGAACCUAUACUAAAUGAUGAGCUCCCAGGCCGUAUCAUCACUGGAAAAGUGUUGAUCAAGCCAAGCAUAAAGGGAGUGAAGGAAAACUCUGUCAUAUUUAACAACACCCCCAAAGAAGAACCCAUUGAUGUCAUUGUUUUUGCCACUGGAUAUACCUUUUCUUUCCCCUUCCUUGAUGAAUCCGUGGUGAAGGUUGAAGACGGCCAGGCAUCACUGUACAAGUACAUCUUUCCUGCACAUCUGCAAAAACCAACCCUGGCUGUUAUUGGGCUCAUCAAACCCUUGGGCUCCAUGCUACCCACAGGAGAAACACAAGCUCGCUGGGUUGUUCAAGUCCUGAAAGGUAGGAGUGUGUUACCACCACCAAGUGUCAUGAUGAAAGAAGUCAAUGAGAGGAAAAAAAAUAAGCACAGUGGGUUUGGCUUAGACUACUGCAAGGCUCUGCAAUCAGAUUAUAUCCCAUACAUAGAUGAACUCCUGGCCUCUAUCAAUGCGAAACCCAAUCUGCUCUCUAUGCUGCUGACCGACCCACUUCUGGUUUUGACCAUCGUCUUUGGCCCGUGCUCACCAUACCAGUUCCGCUUGGCUGGCACAGGAAAAUGGGAAGGAGCCAGAAAGGCCAUCAUGACACAGUGGGACCGAACAAUCAAGGCCACCAAAACACGAACUGUGCAAGAAUCUCCGUUUCCCUUUGAAAGUCUGCUUAAACUCUUUAGCAUCCUGGUUUUGCUUGUCGCUGUUUUCCUGAUUCUCUUAUAAGUAAACGAUCUCCUAAAUGCCACAGAUACACAAAGUAUUUACAGUGUGUUGACUGCUCUGUGAUAGCAACAUGGCUUUCAAGUUAUAAAUCACAUCCAGAGAGUAAAGGUCCCCUCCAGUUAAUCCCAGAGAAAUCUCUGCUAUUCCUGAGCCUCUCUUGGCUCUGAUAUGUCUAAUCCCAGAGCACGAUAACUAAGAUUUCUGUGCAUUUGAAGGCUGCUCUACAUAGUACUCUGAGCAUUCACACCUUUGAACAUUUUAAAGGUUUCAACUAAAAACUCCUGCCUCAUGAGAGAUUGAUUUGUGUUAAAAGGGUUAUCUUACAGCAUUGGCUGAUUAAAAACAAAAAGCAAGAAAGAAACCUAGAAACUGAUUGUUUCAAGUGAUCUUUUGUUCUCUUUUCAUGAAUUGGAGAAAAAGAGAAGAGGAUGAGUCUAUGAAUAAAGCCAUAACAUGAUAGUAGGUCUGGUGACUUAGAGUUUCCAAAAGAAUGCACUUUCCUGGGAUAGCUAAUUUCCCCAGAACAUGCUUUAUUAAAAAAAAAAAUAAAGACACUUGAGCUUGCAUGCCAAAGAUUCAAAUCAAAUACAUUUCACAGAAAACAGACACCUUCACCUGCUCUUUGCUCAUAACGUAUCUCAUUUAGAAAAUCAUAAAAACUAAAAUGCAUACUUAAAAAUAAACAUAUGUUCAUGGAGAUGAAAAGCUUGUAAAACUACAAAAUAUUUAUAAACAAAAUUAAAACAGAAAUGAAUGAAAAGAUA